GCAGAAUAUUUUCCAUUUAAUAGAGAGAUAAACAGACGUUAGAAGAAGUUAAAGCCUUGUUAGGUUAAGAGGGUCAGGCCCUAACUUCAUUAUAAUGAUGGAAGACAUAACCUAUGCAAAUCUGAAGUUUCAAGAUGGUCAUGAGGUUGGCAGCACCCGCAAGCUAGACAGUAAGGAGAAAGAAGAUUCUACUCUUCAAACAAAAAAGAGGACAAAUAAAUGCUUGAAACCAGCACUCAUCAUAUUUGGACUAAUGUGUCUUGUCUUACUUGGGGCCUUACUGGCUGUAAUUGUUUUAUUUUUAAAGGUUAAUGAAAGAGAAGAGGAGCUCAAAAUUAAACAAGUUAAUCUAACACAAGCCUUGGAGAAAAUGAAAUCUGAAAUAUGUAUCAACAAAGACUUCACCAAUAAAGGUGCUAAAUGCCUUUUCUGUCCCAAGGGUUGGUUGAACAAAGGAAGUAAAUGCUAUUAUAUGUCUAGCAAUAAAUCAUCAUGGGAUGAAUCACAAAGGUACUGCUCAGAGCGAAAUGCAAACCUAUGGAUGAUAAAGAGAAAAGAGGAAAAGAGCGUUGCCAAAGACCUUUAUAGCACAGCCUGUACUAGUCUGGAUUACCUGUGGAUAGGCCUGAGAACUACAGAAAAACAAGAAUGGGAAUGGAUAGAUAAAACGCCAAACACAGUCAUUGAUAUUACAGCUCCCUACAAGCAAGACAAAUGUGUACGAUUAUAUAAAUGUGAUUCAGACAAAGCCUUUUGGGAAGAUUGCAGUAAACAAUAUGUUUUUCUAUGUGAAAAGAAAGCUAUAGAACUUUACUAAAUUUAUUGCACUUGCACUAUAGCAAUACGGCUACCGUGUUAAUUUGAGCACAUAAGUUGAAAGUAAACGCAUUUGCUUGAGCACAAUCAAAUUUAAUGCACGUCUGGUUAGUGUGACUGAAGACCUUGGGACCGAUUUAACAAAGUCUGGCGGACAUGAGACAUUGCAGACCUGGCAUUAGAGGUGGAAAUUGUGAAAAAAUCCUUCUGCAGAAAGAGACUGGCUGGAUCUUUAAAUUGAACACAGUUAUGCCAAACGGGAUGAACGAAGCUAACAAUUAUUGGGUGUUUCUAUAAUAACUAUAACCUAGCACUGUACCAUAUAUUAGACCAAGUUUAAGAUAUAUUACAGAUAUGAACAAAUGUA